UAGAAGGCGAGCAGAGCUUGUGCCUAUAAGCGGAAGUAGGAGCCCGCCUGCUGGAGCGGCGCGUCAUCGGCGGAGCGGCGAGCGCGCGCCAGUCACUCCUCCCUGCCUACUUUUAAUAGCUGCGUCAUGUGACUGGGAGCAGUUGUAAGGCAGGUGCCCCUCGGUUCAUUCUCAGUGAGGGGGCACUUCCCUGCACGACCGCACAACCAGGAACGCUUGGAUUGUCACGUUUCUUAUUGAUUUUUUUUAAAAAACAAAAGCAUUAUUAUUAUUAUUAUUAUUAUUAUUAUUAUUAUUAGAUUUUUCCCCCCGUACCGUCAUUCAGUGGCUGGAUGGCGUGGGACAGGUGCAACCAGGAGUCGGUGUGGACGGAACUUGAGUGUGCUGCCUUAGUUGGGGAAGACCAGCCCCUCUGCCCUGACUUACCUGAACUGGACCUCUCCGAGCUGGACGUCAGUGAUCUGGAUGCAGAUAGCUUUCUGGGUGGACUCAAGUGGUACAGCGACCAAUCAGAAAUCAUUUCCAGCCAAUAUGGCAACGAGUCGUCCAAUCUGUUCGAGAAGAUAGAUGAAGAAAAUGAGGCCAACUUGCUGGCAGUGCUCACAGAAACCCUGGACAGUAUCCCUGUGGACGAGGACGGAUUGCCUUCGUUUGAAGCCCUGGCAGAUGGGGACGUGACCAACGCCAGCGAUCAGAGCUGUCCCUCCACCCCUGAUGGCUCGCCACGCACCCCAGAGCCAGAGGAGCCCUCCUUGCUAAAGAAACUCCUUUUGGCUCCACCUAACUCUCAGCUCAGCUAUAAUCAAUACCCAGGCGGUAAAGCACAGAACCAUGCAGCCAGCAACCACAGGAUACGACCAACACCCGCUGUUACCAAGACAGACAACCCCUGGAACAGCAAACAAAGAGGGGUCUGCCCCCAGCCAAACCGACUGGUGAGACGCCCGUGCACUGAAUUGCUCAAGUACCUCACUGCCAGCGAUGAUGCCUUCCAGACAAGAGCCAGUGAAGCCAAGAGCACCUGGUCAGGCUGCGACAAGGACAGGGGUGGGCCUGGUACCUCCUCCUGUUCAUCGUCUUCCUCUCCAUCUUCUUCAUCCACUUCCUCCUUCUCCUCCUUGUCCUCCUGUUCCUCCUCUACCGCCUCAAAGAAGAAGCCCUCCUCUGCCUCCCUGUCAACGCAGCAGCAGCAGCAGCAGCAGCAGCAGCUGGCAGUGCAGGGCCAGAGAGGUGAGAGCCAGGCAGCUGGGGCGUAUAGUGUGGCUGGUGAGGGGGCAGGGCAGUGGCGGCGGUGUACACAUGGGGAGCAGUCCACCCCUGUUGUGCCAUCCUGUGGAAGUGGCUGUAGCCACGCCUGCUCCAGUGAAGAGGGGAGGCCACUGCAGGGUGCUGACACAGGCAGCCUGGCUGCCGCCCGCUUCAUUAGGUACAUGCACUCUUACUCUCUCCCGCCUAGAGAGAUGGGUCGCGCAGGCAGCUGUGGCCGUUGUCUUGAGGCGGGCGGCUGGGCUGGGGCCAGCCGUGCUGACAGGCACAUCACAAUAACUAUUAGGAAGAGGAGGCAAGAGCAAGAGCAUCCCAUGCUCAGCCAGCUGCUGACCUCCAGACCCAGGCCAGCCCGUUAUCGUGCCCACCUGCAAAUGCCCAGUGUGUCCCAGCCAGACAAGCAAGAUCCACCCAAAACACCUAGAGACAAAGGGUUGGAUGGGCAUGUAGUGAAAGUUAGUCAGGAACAUCAGAUUGUAUACCCAAUUCUGGACUUCCAGGAACCUAGCCAAGCUAAUUCAUCAGAUCUUGAGCUUUCAACUCUGGUUGACUUUGACUUAGAAAGUUUGUUAGUGAAAUUUGAGCAGGAUAUUGAAGGGUCUAAAAUUAAAGUGGGGCAAAAUGGGGUGGAUAUUCAUGAUGAUGUCUUAGGCAGCCCCCUGUCAUUCCCAGGGGGCUUGCCAAGUCCACUCUUCCAAGACUCUUUAGUUCCAGAGCACACCCCCUCCACCAUACAAGAGCAGAACCCACACAGACAGGCAGACUGCAGGCACCCCGAUGACCACUUUCCACCACCGUUAGCCAAACCAACCACCUUGCCACUUCCUUUGACCCCAGAGUCUCCAAAUGACCACAAGGGAUCUCCAUUUGAGAACAAGACCAUUGAACGCACAUUGAGUGUGGAGAUCUCUGGAACCCCAGGUCUGACACCACCUACCACACCUCCUCAUAAAGUCAGUCAAGAGAACCUUUUCAAAGUAUCACUCAAAACCAAGCUGUCAUCAGCUUCUUCAGCCCUGACAAGCAAGAAGGCCAAGCUGAGCAAUGGAAGCCCUAGCUCUCUUCCAUUCAGUACCUCCAGCAGGAAGGCCCAUGAGAAGUCUGAGCUGUAUGCCCAGCUGAGCAAGGCAUCCUCUGCCCUGCCUCUGGGAAACUUUGAAGAGUGCCGGGGCAAGCGGCCCACGCCCCGUGUGUUUGGUGAUCAUGAUUAUUGCCAGGCCUCAAGCACAAAACGAGACAAUGGCACAUUGGUUGCCACGAUCACUGGGCCUGUAGAGGGCCGGCAUGUAGAACCUAAAGACUCAACCAUGCCAGCCUUCUGUAAUCUCACAUCCUCUUUGUCUUCCACCAGUCCCUUAUCUUCCUCUCUGGCAAGGCAGCUGCAGGGUCUUUGCCCCAUAGUUCCGGAGGCUUGUCCAGACAAGGAAGCUCAGGGGCAGGACCACAGACCUGCACUGGGUGCCAAAACUUCUAAAGAGUGCAUCUCUGCUGGCAGGAAGCUGCUGCAAGACCAGGAGAUACGGGAAGAGCUCAAUAAGCACUUUGGUAAUCCCCAACAAGCCUUUUUUAGUGAGACUGAGCAGAGUGGGUUCCAGCCACUAGAUGAAAGUGACUCUGGGGAUGAGAACUAUUACCCUUUUGAGGCCUACAUGGACACAGGCUUGCCUGACUUUGAGGACCUAGAAGUGGGCCGUGAGCAUCUUCUUUGCUCUUGGGAAGGGACUCCAUUGGAGAUGCUCUUUGAAGGCUCACCACCCUGUUCCCCAUCCAACAGCUUGCCUUCCCAGAGCCCGGUCUCGCCACCCUCAACUCUGCUCUCUCCACGGCACUUCUACAACUCCCGCUCUCGAUCCCGUUCCAGGUCUUCCUCCCGCCACAGAUACAGAUCCCUCUCCAGGUCUCCUUACUCCUGUUCCCAGUCCCCAGAUAACUGCUCCCCCUCUUGGUCUCAUCAUACUGUUGAGAGCACUUUCAAAUCCAGGACUAUUAGAAGUCCUCAGUCUAACUCUCACUCUGGUCUCAGUCAGAGGCCUAGGUAUGACAGCUAUGAGGAAUACCAGCAUGAACAGCUGCAGAGGGAGGAGUACCAGCAGGACUAUGAGAAACGGGAGGUAGAGAGGGCUGAACAGAGGGAGAAACAACGAAAGAGAGCAAUAGAGGAGAGGCGGGUUUUGUACGUUGGACGUCUCCGGGCUGACAGCACACGCUCCGAACUCAAGCGGCGCUUUGAAGUUUUCGGCGAGAUCGAGGAGUGUGCCAUCAACUUGAAAUAUAACGGGGACAAUUUUGGCUUUAUCACCUACCGCUACACUUGUGAUGCCUUCGCUGCCCUUGAGAAUGGACACACCUUGCGCAGGCUGAACGAACCUGAGUUCGAGCUCUGCUUCGGUGGACAAAAGCAGUUCUGCAAAUCCAAUUACACAGACUUGGACUCUCAUUCUGAAGACUUUGAUCCGACUUCAACUAAAAGCAAAUAUGACUCGAUGGAUUUCGACAGCUUGUUGCGUGAGGCCCAGUGUAGCCUGAGAAGGUAACGAGCUCCACCACACCUGCUGGUUGCAAAGCGAGGGAUUUGUGAUACCUCACUGCUGUUUCGCUCCUCUGAAUAUGAGACUACUACAAGUUUUACACGUGUGUAUAUAUAGAAAGAACAUAUAUGUAUAUCUAAAAGCAAAGUUUACAUGAACAUAGCUGCUGCAAAGACUUUACCUUUGGGGAUUAGACAAUAAACCUUUAGAGGAGUGCACAGAUAUGUGCCUGUACUGUGCUGCUGUAUGAGACAGUGAUCUCCAUGGGAUUGUUUUCUUCAUGCACUGCUCCAAUCUCAGCGCUUUGAGGGGUGAAAACAUGCAGCCUGUUCAGUCAGUUUUUAUUUGAUUGAUUUUUUGACUUUUUUUAUUUAACCUGGUAUUUGGUUGUGGUGUUACAAUGUUGUUAAGUGAGUAUGGGAUUAGUAUCUUCUACAAGGUAAUAUUGUCUACAUUUUGGGGUGGGGGGGUGGGGGGAAAUGAUAUAAACAAAUAUUUACAGAUAUUAAAUGGAAUAUUUUUAUUUUGUGUACAUAUCAAGGCAAAGUUCUUUAUUUGUUACAGCUAUGCACUGUAAAACGCAGCCUUUAUAAGAUGGAGUUUUUCCUAAUCGAGAAUGUUAAUCUGUAGUCAUUACAGUGACGCAUAACCAACAUGGUGGUUAUGUGGAGUGAUAUGAUUGUAAAAAAUAAAUAAAAAUAAAAUGUCUUUGGAGAUUGGGUGCUCUUCAGGGGGAGCAUGUGAACAGAUUUUUAAAGACUUUUGUUUUAAAAAUGUCAUUAAUCAUGUAUAGUUUCAUCUUUUAGCUUCCUCAGUGUUUUCCUUACAUGACAUAUGUAUGAAACAUUUUAAUAUUUUUAUUUCCAUAACUGCACAACCAUAAGAUUUUUUUUCUCUGACGGAACGACUAACUUUUUAAUUGAUUAUUUUGUGCACACUAAUAAUUUUUAUUAUUAAUUUUUUUUUUAAUAAUUCACUGUUACUAAUAUGUGAUUGCUUUUUUUCAAAGAUAAAUUCACGUACUCAUGUUCAUGAGGAAGAAAUGUAUUUAUUUCAGUAUUUUGAUCAAAAUAUUUAUGGUUGACAUCUACUAUGAUGCGCCUUACAAAUUUUGCUAUUUAUAUUGUUAUUUGACUUAUUUAACAUUCAAGUUCUACAGAAAUAUUGCUUUCUCCUCCUUUUAUAAACAGUUGUGAUGAAAAGGUACAUGGUUUUCUUCUCCACAGAUUGCAGCCAUUUUAAAUUAUAUUUUAAAAUCAUGUUCUUUUUCUAAAGCACAUAAAGCAAUAAAACUAAUUUUGCAGGUAUUUCAUCACACCACAAUAAAUCUGUCUCAUUGCUCCUCAUACACUUGGUUAUGUGAAUGCCAAAAUAAAGUUUACAGUUUUCUUUCCAGAAUUUUUUAAAAAAAAAACUUUACUUGAUGUAAAAAAAAUCUAUAACACUAAUCUUCAUGUUAUUCACAGUAAUAAUUAUAAAGAGAAUAAUAAUAAUAAAAGACAAAAUGUGUAUAAAAAGAUUUUAAAAAAGCAAUAAAUUAUUUUUCACAGUUGUCUUUUAGCUGAAGCUGUUGUGUAGUUUGACCUGACCUGGUACCCAGACUCUGUCCCAAACUGGGGAACUCAUUCCAUUAUCCCAUUAAACCUAAGAAUCAUAUGCACUGUACAGGGGAAAUUAAAAGAUGUGAAGAAGAAGAAGAAAAAAAAAACUAGAGAGAGAACAAUAUUACAUUACUACUGACAGAUGGGUAACUCUUACAAGUACAGUACCACAUGUCUGCUUCUGGCUGAAUGUGUGUUGGAGAUUACAGCUUCUCUUUGAACAUUACUCUGAAUGAGAAAAGGAUUUUAAUACCAGUCUUUUUAAGACUCCAGAAUAACAUCAGAGAAUUGAUUAAAAAGCGUGGGCCUGUCUGAAUAUCGCACUACCGUCCUAGUGAACCUCAAGGUUACCUUGCGGUUCCUAGUUCAAGUAAUAUCUAGUUUCUUUUCAACAGAGCCCAACAUCUUUGUAUUAAUAUCAACAGAUCACAUUACACCUUUUGUGAAAUAUGACUGCAUAGAUGAGUGUACAAAAAGGGGCAAUAUCACAAGGGAUGAAAUAAAAUGUAAAAAAAAAAAAAAGAGAGAGAGGGAGAGAGAGAGAGGGAGAGAGAGAGAGACCUUCCUUGUCCUGUCUAGUAUGUUCUUUCUGUGCAGAGCUUGGGUAAUGGUGUCAUGUCUCAUUUGAUAUGUGGCUUUAAUCAUUGUGAUAUUUGAGAAAAAAAAAAUGCUUUGUAAAUCGUUAAGUAGCAAUAUAUUGCAAUCCCCAAUGGGUUUUUUUUUUUGACUGUGUGGCUUUUUACCAGUGUGAACUACUGAGGGAUUUCCCACUGCUGUACAAAUCUGUUUAUUGAUUAACAUGCUGAUUUUGGAAGGACAAGAUGUGUUUGUGUGUGUAUACGAAUGCAAGUGUAUGUGUGUGGUUAUAUCGAUUAUAUUCUCGGGGUGGGGUGGGGUGGGGUGUGGUUGGGCAGGGGUAGAGGAGAAGGGUGUUGGUUGUUACCUUUCUUUUUUGUCCCCUAUCCAUGUUGCCUUCUGCUGAGUCCUUACCAAUGCCUUUGUGGUUUUACCUAUUGUACAAUUUUCUUGUGAACUUUAUUUUUUAUGUGCAAUUCUCAUCAGUCCAACCAUGCCAAUAAAGGGAAAUGUGUUUCAAAGAAAUGCACUGGACACCUCUAAGUUGUUCUACUCGUUUUUCCCCCUCCUUCCAUUUGUCUUCUUAUUUGAUGGGAAAACAAAACUCACAAUCAUGAGCCAUGUUUGAGUAAUCUAACUGGAUUCUUUUCUUUUUUUUUUUUUUUAAAAGUCUUUUUUCAAUAGCUUUACUAGAGGGUUUUGUUCCUUAAGGACAUUCAUCAAAUGAAGCAGAAGCAGCAAUGUGUAAGUUUAUUUCAUAUUGAACUUCAACAUUGUUCAAUUUCCCAUAUUAACUGUGCACAGUGUCUGUUAUUUUUGUCUGAUGUUUAUGCUUUCGCCAACUCUGCAAGAACAUGGGAUAUGAAUAAUGGUAAUCUUGCAGUGUCUGUUUCCUAACAUACAUAAAUUGUUCUGUCAGGACCCCACAUAUGAAUUAAAAUAAAACGAGGAUCCCCUGUUUUUCUUUUAAUUUUUUAAAACUGCACAACCUAAGCAGCACAUCAGAUUGAAAUGUAAUCAGUCAUUCUAUUAUUCAACCUGUAAGCAAAUCUCACAGUGACAGUGAAUAACCUUUUUUUCCUCUUUAAAAAUAUGGCAGGAGUAGGCAUUAAAUUUUAAAGCAAAGGAAUCCAAUUGUAUUUUUUUUUCAUUAAUGCUACAGUUGAGCCCCAGAGAAAAGAGCUGUUUCUUUCAUUUUGGCUGGGCAGCCAUGCACAGGCAGGAGGUCUCCCUCAGCAUGCCCUUUUGCUCAUAAUGGAAGAACCCCACAUCCCAGCAAUCACACUGGAUGAUAAAGGGACCUACAGCAUCUGAGGGUCCACCUCAUGCACCUCAGGCUGCGUAUCAGUCUUAACAGCUUUUGGUCACUUGAACGCAAAAAAAAGGGUCCAUAUUUGACAGAAAUACAGAAAACACCAGAGCAGUGAUAGACUGAAAAUGGAUAUAAACACUAUGACACAAACAGUUGUCGGUAUAAUAUCUAUUACAACAUGAAAACAUGAAGGCGGCAUUAAAUUCUGCUCAGUGUUCGAGCAAUACUCAUGAGCUGCA